GAACUGUGGAGAUUUGAGUGUUCUGAAGGCCAGAAGAGUUGGGAUAUUUUUGGGGACAAGGAAAGAACUAAAAGGUCCCCAAGAGAAAGGAAGUGGACUAAUCCUUAAGGAUGAAGCUGAAUCUUACCAAGGUAGUUAAUGGCUGUCGCUUGGGAAAAAUACAAAACUUAGGCAAAACAGGGGACCACAUCAUAGACAUUCCAGGCUGCCUUUUGUACACCAAGACUGGCUCUGCCCCACACCUGACUCAUCAAACACUGCAUAAUAUCCAUGGGAUUCCUGCAAUGGCUCAGCUUACACUGUCAUCCCUGGCAGAACAUCAUGAAGUUUUGGCAGAAUAUAAGAAAGGAGUUGGAAACUUUAUAGGCAUGCCAGAAUCACUCUUAUACUGCUCCCUGCAGGAUCCAGUCAGCCCCUGUCCAGCUGGUUAUGUAACAAAUAAGUCUGUGUCUGUGUGGGGUAUUGGAGGACGAGUAGAAAUGACUGUAUCCAAGUUCAUGGCAAUUCAGCAAGCCCUUCAGCCAGACUGGUUCCAGUGCCUCUCAGAUGGAGAAGCAUCUUGUGAGGAAACAACUUCCACAAAGAGGGCCAGAAAGUCUGUGGACCGAUCCCUCCUAUUCCUAGAUAGCUGCCUGCGGCUACAGGAAAAGUCAGAGAUCCUUCAGAAAAGUAUCAUCAUUGGAGUGAUUGAAGGUGGAGACGUGAUGGAGGAGAGGUUGAGGUCAGCACGAGAGACAGCCAAGCGGCCUGUCGGAGGCUUCCUUCUGGAUGGCUUCUAUGGGAAUCCAGCAACCCUGGAGACUAGACUGCACUUGCUGUCGUCUGUCACUGCAGAGCUCCCGGAGGACAAACCGAGGCUCAUUUGUGGUAUUAGUCGGCCAGAUGAAGUGCUCGAGUGUAUCGAAAGAGGAGUGGACUUAUUUGAGAGUUUUUUCCCUUAUCUAGUGACAGAGCGAGGAUGUGCCCUGGCUUUCAGCUUUGACUACCAGCCGAAUCCUGAAGAGACAUUAUUACAACAGAAUGGGACACAAGAAGAAAUCAAAUCUGUGGAUCAAAUAGAGAAAAUUAAAACAACUGAUUGCAACCAAGAAAUGACAUCAUUUGAAAUUAAUCUGAAGGAAAAAAGGUAUCAAGAGGACUUUAACCCACUCGUAAGAGGGUGUUCCUGUUAUUCCUGUAAAAAUCACACUCGUGCAUACAUCCACCAUCUACUGGUAACCAAUGAGCUGCUGGCUGGGGUCCUGCUAAUGACGCACAAUUUUGAACACUACUUUGGAUUUUUCCAAUCCAUCCGGGAAGCACUAAAAAGUGACAGACUGGCACAGUUGAAAGAACUCAUCCACAGGCAAGCAUGUUAAGAAUUGGCAAUACAAAUCUGCCUCUGCACUGAGCUUGUAUCACUGUUAUAACAUGGAAAGAAGAAAAGAAGAAUCAGUCAUAGCUUGAAGCAUUUAAAUUUGGAAUAAAAUCUGUCAAAAUAAAGAAUGUCUGUCCCAAACUGCCCACAUGAGGGUGAAAAGAUGUCUUCUAAAGACUUAAAUGGCCUAGAUUGAUCCAAAAGGAUUGAACCAUCAUCUGUAAAAUUUCUAGGCCACUUCUAUUAGUAGGUAGAGACUCAUUUAGUAAAAAACCAGAGGUGAGAAGAUACCCUCAAAGAGGAGGAUGAGAUUCUGGGAACACUGAGAUGGAGAUGACUGUGCAUGAGUAGCAUAACCUCUGUGGACACAUGACUGUUGACUGAGGUUUUCUUAAUUUUGAUCCUCAUAGUUGGGGAGCUCUUUUGGAUACUUUUACCUUCCAUGCUGCCGUGGUAAUACAGUCACUCCAAAAGGGCUCUUGUAACUUAACCAUGUUUGCCUCUGCCCUGGAACAUGGGGUUUAACCAAUGCUCCUACGAACUUUGGCCCAAGUCAUUCUCCUUCAUUUGGCCAGUGGGUCUAUUUGUCUUCCUAGAACCACUGUUCUUACCCGUAGGAUCCAAAAGUGUACCUAGCUGCUUUCGACUGGUCAUACAGAUCCACUAUACUCCACCCCUCAUGUUCAUCAACAUCCUAUUCAUGAAAUGACUAUAGUCCUGUCACUUGUGGAGAUUCGUUUCUAGUUUGUCCCCUUGGAUGAAGCCUGGUGGGCAAUUAGAAGAUCAGUUUUAGUCCUACUUAGCUGUGUUGCCUAGGAAAACGAGUUAGGCCUCUGUGCCUGUUACCUCAUGAAUAAACAGGGACAGGCAUAGUGGAUAUGAGCUUCUAAGAUUCUUCUAGCUUUAAAAUUUGAGGAACAACCAGGCAUGGUAGUGUACAUCUAUCUGUUCAUACUUCUUGUUCAAUGCCAAGCCCAUCUAUAAUCUUAGCUACUCAGAAGACUGAAAGCAGGAAGAUUCCAAGUUAGAGACCAGCAUGGGCAACUUAGUAAGACCCUGUUUCAAAAUUAAAAGUGAAAAAAAGCUGGGGAUACAGUUCAGGGUCAGAACACUUGCAUGAUGUCCAAGAAAACAUUUUUUUUUCCCUUGAGAAACAAAGUUUUAGAUUAGAGUACUAAACAUACUUUUCAUCCUUGCUUAUUCAUCACUAUUGACCUGAUUUAAAAAAAAAAAAUACAGCAGUACCAGGAGACAGGCAAUAGAAUAGAUAUUUAGCUCUAAAAUGAAGUUUGCCUAUCAAUUUUGGAGUUAGCAUCAGAAUUUGCUGAUUUUGGUGAAUUAGCAUCAGAGAUCCUGGGGGGGUCCUUCCUUGAUCCUCUCUGAUUGUAUGAUUUUGUUCUUACCAGAAGAGGAGUAAUAUUUUUGUUGAUGAUAUGACUGGUUAUUUUUAUCUUAUUUUGUGCUUUUCUAUAUUUGUCAAUUUUUAUAAGGAAUACAAAUACACGUAUAUAGUCAUUUUUGUAAAAUAACAAUAACCAAACCAAAAAGACUUUUUUUGGUAACAAAUGCAUUGUUUUACCCUCUUAUGCUUUUCUGGUUUUUAAAUUUUAGUGGGCAUUAUUGAAUGUUGUUUGUAGGUAUUAUGUGUUUCUUAUAUUUUUAUGUGUUGGGAACCCAUCUAUAUGUUUUCUUUUUAGUGAUGUAACUUCUCGGUGAAUGGCAAAGGAUACUUAUGGACAACAGAGUUUCUGUUCUCAAGGAUCUAAUUCUCUUGGAAUUAUUGUAUUAUACUUAUUUAUAUGUUCAUAUUUCUUGUUCAAUGCCAAACCCAUUGUUGAAGGAUUAUCAGUAAAUAUCCCAGAGUCCAUAUAAAAGUUAUGAGUUUUAUUUAUGUCCAAAAUACUGAAAAUUCUGUUCAACAUUAUUCAGUUUCCUGGGUCUUUUUCUUUUAU